GCCGGGUGCCCGGCCUCUGGCCCCUGCUUGCCCUCCAGACUGCGGCCGCCGCCGCCGCUGCCGGGAGUCUGCCUGCUGCGGGACUCACUCUGGGAGAGGGCCCUGAUUUCUUUGGACCCGUACAAUGACUGCCCAUCCUGACUCCAACUCUUUAACCAGAGCCCAGUUAAGCUGAAGGGAACAGAGUAGAGAGAACUCUCCCAGUCUAUCCUCCUUUGGUUCUCCUCUGACCAAGAGGCAUCUGGAGUCUUGAGCCCCACUAGUGCCCCUUUCCCUUCCCCCCACCAGAGGGGGCCUGGGAGAGCCAGAAGGAAACGGGACUCUGCAGGGGAGACUUGGAGGGGGACCCAGGCAGGCUCCUGGGCAAUGUCAGAGUGCUCCCCACAUGGAGUUCGGCCUGCUCAGCGAGGCAGAGGCCCGGAGCCCCGCCCUCUCGCUGUCAGAUGCGGGCACCCCCCACCCCCCAAUCCCGGAACACGGCUGCAAGGGCCAAGAGCACAGCGACUCGGAGAAGGCCUCGGUUUCGCUGCCCGGCGGCUCCCCCGAAGACAGCUCGCUGAAGAAGAAGCAGAGGCGGCAGCGCACGCACUUCACCAGCCAGCAGCUGCAGGAGCUGGAGGCGACCUUCCAGAGGAACCGCUACCCCGACAUGAGCACGCGGGAAGAGAUCGCCGUGUGGACCAACCUCACCGAGGCCCGCGUGCGGGUGUGGUUCAAGAACCGGCGCGCCAAGUGGCGAAAGCGCGAGCGCAGCCAGCAGGCGGAGCUGUGCAAGGGCGGCUUCGCGGCGCCGCUCGGGGGGCUGGUGCCGCCCUACGAGGAGGUGUACCCCGGCUACUCGUACGGCAAUUGGCCACCCAAGGCGCUGGGCCCGCCGCUCGCCGCCAAGACCUUCCCGUUCGCCUUCAACUCGGUCAACGUGGGGCCUCUGGCUUCGCAGCCAGUCUUCUCGCCACCCAGCUCCAUCGCCGCCUCCAUGGUCCCCUCGGCCGCGACUGCCCCGGGCACUGUGCCAGGGCCCGGGGCCCUGCAGGGCCUAGGUGGGGGGCCCCCCGGGCUGGCUCCGGCCGCAGUGUCCUCCGGGGCAGUAUCCUGCCCUUACGCCUCGGCCGCAGCAGCCGCAGCAGCAGCCGCCUCCUCCCCCUACGUAUAUCGGGACCCGUGUAACUCGAGUCUGGCCAGCCUGAGGCUCAAGGCCAAACAGCACGCCACUUUCAGCUACCCCGCCGUGCCCGGGCCGCCCCCGGCCGCCAACCUCAGUCCGUGCCAGUACGCAGUGGAACGGCCUGUGUGAAUGGCCCCGCCCGCCGAUCAUCCCUGAGGGCGGGGGCGAUAAUUUACAGCCUCUACGGACUGGGGUCGUCUUGCCUGGCUUGCCCCCGCCCCGGGGUCUGAGAGGGGUGCUGGGGCAGUCGGGGUUGGGGAGGUGGCCGGCUCAGGAGAGAGCCUUCCCCCUCCCAGGCCUGAGGGGUGGACUGGGCCCUUAGUCCGCGCCCCUGGAACUGAGGCCAGGAACAGGGACCAGUUCCCCGGGGGGCCAACUCACCCUUGGUCCACCCCGCCUUCUCCAGACUCCCCUUCCCCGGUUUUCAAAGAUAAAAGAAAUAAACGUGCGCGGACUGUCAAA